GUACAAUGCGAUGUUCAUCGCGUCCUUUGUGUGAUGGGACGAAGCGACACCCCGCCAGACAUAUCGCAAGGGCGGCUCUUGAAUUGCUCCAAGGACGAAUGUCUUCAUUACUGGAAAUGGUUCCGAAAGCUGGGCGGCCGACGUGGCUCUCUUCGGCGCUCCAGGGUGAAGCAGUUCCUCCAGCGAAGUGAAUUGAGCGAAGAGAUUCUGGAAGCCAUCCUUAACUUUGCCUUGGGAGACUUCAACGAAUCUGCAGACUUCGAAGUCUUUUGCGUCGCUUGUCGCCUAGUAGCUCACAGCCAAGAACUGGGUGCAGUUGACGUUGCGAAGGUAGGCGACGUCCCGACCAAUGCUCCGUGGUUCUCAGAGGAGGUGUUUCAGACAGAGCAGGCAGUGGUUCGCGACGCUGAUGAGUUUGACUUUGAAGCGGUAGCGCUGGGUGUGAAUGCUCCCUCAGGUGUACCUUCUAGAGCUCCGGAGAAGUUCGCAGAUGUUGGAUGCCACGGAGCUGGCCACACAGGUGCCGAAAGUGGCAGGAAAGCUGAGACAAUGGGAAGAGCUGCAGUGCACAUUCCAAGGUCAUCAGGUUCUGCUCAGUUGCUCGCUAGCAGCCUGGCAGGUGCCCCAGCACUAGCUGGUUGCCAGGCUGACCCCAGGACGCUCCGAUUUGAGCGCGAGUUGCUACAGCAAAGAGUAGAGCUGGAUGGUUUGCAACAGACCCAUUUAGAGGAGCGAAUCUCGGAGCUUCGCGAACACCUGGAGACUUCCCAACAAAAGCACCAGACCUUCAGGCUGCAGCUUGCUGAUUCUGCUGCAGAUGCGAGAAGGCUGUUUGCCAAUCUAGACUUUGCAAGACAACAAAUCGAGGACUUCGAGCGCUUGGUGGCCCGUUUGAGAGAGGCCCGAAGCAUAUACAGCAAAAAUGAGCUCGACAUUGCAAAAGCAAAGUCCAAGGAAGGCGUUGGAGGGCUUCAGGGAACUCCGGCAUUUGAUUGCGCACGAACUUCUGAUCUAUUUGAACAAGUCAGGAGGGCAUGUCGACGAAAGCAGGAGCUGCAAGGGAAACAGCAAUUGCUCCUUGCGAACCAACGACAAGAAUGCGCCUUAGGAGAAAGACCCUGUAAUCUAGACUCAGAGAGCUUCAGUUGGCCUAAGGCCGAGCAAGACAGGAACUAUGCGCGUAAGGCCCUGGAAGGAGCCUACAGGAAGCUUGUGGAUCUUCAGGCAAAGCGACUUCAAGUCUGCCAAGAUCGCCAUAGUGUGGUUGAAGAGGCAUUGAAGCUCGCCAAAGAUAGCGGGUUGAAGCCUUCGGUGCUCAAGGAGUUGUGCAGCCAAUAUCUUCCUGCCGGAGCUGGUCCUGGGAGAGCUGAGAUUCCCGGGAGAGCUGAGAUUCCCACUCAGGAGUUGCAGUGGUCGCAAAGUACGGCCUCAGAUCAACUUUCUCCGAAGCGCUGGCCAGGUGCCGUGUCUUCGCGUGACAUCUGGACCGCCUUCGCAGGGGACCGAGCUACAGGCUCUGCAAACCAUAUUGUGCAAGAGGGCUUCAAAAAGUAGUGUUGGCAUUUUUUCAGCAUGUUUGUCCACUUUCCAACACGACACUGCAAUCACAAUAAGAUGCACGCUUCAUGAGCUGUCCACUUGCUGACGUUUCGGUUCUUUU